ACUGUGUGAUGCCGUAAGCCGGGCGCCGCAAAGUUCUCCAGGUGGCGAACGUUGCUGGCGCUCGGCUUCCCCCGACAAUGCGGGGUGCUGGACCUUGGUGCCACGAUGGGGCGGCCGGCAUCGCCAAGGGGCCGGCGCUGUAGAGAACGCUUUCACCAGGGCCCUCGGUGUUGGCUAUUUUUACCCCCAGGUGGAAAAACAAGGGGGGAAGAGCCUUGCGGAGCAUGUUUUUGUUUCGUUUCCCGUCGUAAGAUUAAGGACGCCGUUUUUGAGGCCUGCUUUUUAUAGUUUCGCAAACGUCAUUGAUGGCGGUUUGUGGUGUUUGGGCUGGUCCCCCUUAGGCGUUGGGGGGCUUUUUUUUUUAGAAGCCUGA